AUGAGAAAAUUUCUCCGAACAAUAAAACCUCAAGAUCUUCGAAUCGAAACUAUAGGAUUUAUCGGUUUAGGCAACAUGGGAGGUCCAAUGGCAUUGAAUUUAUAAAAAAAAGGUAAUUACGAGGUUAUAGCAUAUGAUGUUAGUUAAGAAUAAUUAAAUAAAUACUAAAAAGAAGGUUUAAAGACAUGCACAACAUUGAAGGAGUUAUCAAAAAAAGCAAACAAAUUUAUAACUAUGUUGCCUAAUUCUUCACAUGUUCAAACUGUAUGUGAAGGUCCUGAAGGAUUGUUUGCUUAAUCAGAAAAAGGAAGUUUAAUAAUUGAUUCAUCAACUAUUUCUUUUUAAUCAGCAUUAAAUUUAUACAAAAGUGCUUUAUAAAACUCCAAAAAAUAUAUCGAUACUCCUGUUAGUGGAGGAGUAGGGGCUGCUACAGCUGGAACAUUAACAUUUAUGGUAGGAGCUGAAAAUAUUUAAAUAUUUAACGAAUGUAAAAAUUUGCUUUAAUUCAUGGGAAAAAAUAUUAUUAACUGUGAAAAACCUGGAGCUGGUUAAAUUGCUAAAGCUUGUAAUAAUAUGGCAUUAGCUAUUUAAAUGAUUGCUACAAGUGAAGCCAUUUCUUUAGGAGUUAAAUUAGGAAUCGACCCAAAAAUCUUAAGUAAUAUUAUUAAUACUUCAAGCGGUAGAUGUUGGAGUAGUGAAGUUUAUAACCCAUGUCCUGGAAUUAUGGAAAAUGUACCUUCUAGUAAAAAUUAUGAAGGGGGAUUUGCUACUGAAUUAAUGAUUAAAGAUCUUGGGCUAGCUGUGGAAGCUGCUAAAUAAGUUAAUGCAGAUACACCAUUAGGAAUUCAUGCGAAAUAUAUUUAUGAAUAAAUUAUUAAGUCAGGAUUAAAUAGAAAAGACUUUUCAGUUGUAUAUUAGUUGAUAACAUAAAAUAAAAUAAAAUGA